AUGAAUAUAAAUUGGAAAAUAUUAAUAUUGAGUUUGUUGAUAGAGAUUUCAGUGAGCGAGAUGUAUUCAAUAGAUUACUUAUAUGACUGCAAUGAUAAAUACACACCAGAAGAGGGAAGGUCAAUACUAAAAUUAUUCCCAAUAGAUUGUUGGGUUUUCAUUAUACUAUGUAUGAAAUGAAUGUGCAAUCGAAGCACCUAUAACAUUUAUUGGAUCAACGAGGAUUGUGUACCAGUUUAUAAAAGACACCAAAUUAUUUGGAGUACCAGGAGAUAGUGUUUUUAUAAUAACAAUAACUAAUGGGAUCCAGAGUGCUGUUUAAUUUUCAACAGCAAUAUAUGUAUUAGUAGAGGAUAAGGCGCCAUCAAAUAAUAUAUUUUGUGAAGUAAAAUAAAAAAUAAAAUAGAUAACAGGAUUAGCAACUUCAAUAGUUUUUAUUAUUUCAAAUCUUAAUAUCUUUGUUUAUGCAGCCUAUCCAUUAGCUUUAGUUUAUAAUGCACUAGAAUCAACAGCUAAAGUUUUAAGGAUUUUUAAUUACACACUUGUAAUUUUGAUAAUUGUAUUAGUGGCAGUAGGUGAAUAAAUAAUAUCUCCUACUUUAAAUGGGUAUUAUGUUAUUUAAUAAUAGAAUAUGUGCAAUAUCAGCAACAAAUGAUUUGACUUGGGAUUUUAUUAUAUCUAUAAGUUAUUUAUUAGUAUUUUUGUUAUUUGCAAUUAUGUCUGUGAUAUAUGUAAUUGCAUUUAAGAAGAUAAUACCUAAAUUUUCAACUAUGAGAUAGAUAAGAGGAUAAUAUAUAAGAUAUUAUUAAAGAUUUAUUGGAUUUAGUUUAAUUAUGAAAUUACUUCUAGGAAUAUUUAGUGGAAUCAAUUUAUUGAAUUGUUAUAUAUUUCUUAAACCUUGGUUAGAAGUUUCAGAAACUCUAUAAAAUAUCACUUAAGCUUUAUGUAUCCUAGGUUAAACCAUAAUAAUAUAUCAGGAUCCAUCAUUAAGAUUAAUAUCACAAAGUUCUUAAAUAUUUGAUUAAAACAAUUCUAAUGAGAAAUAAGAAAUUUCAUUAUAAUGUAAAUAUUAAUUUGAUUAUAGAAUUAAAUAUUUUAGAAUAGUUGCAUAAAGAAAUGAAGAAAACUUAAGUUACAUCAAUGUUAGCUGGAGUAUAAAUAUUAAGAAGAAUAAAAUAAGAAGAUGUAAUAUAAUAUAAGGAUCUUAUUAUAAAUGAAGAUUAAGAUGGUAGUGGUAGUAAUUCUAGUCAAGGAGAUUUAAGUGAAUUAAUGGAAGCAACUACAUAACCAUUUACUGUUGAAGAAAUAGAAGAAUGUUUAGUAACUAAUUUGAAUAAACAUGUUAUUAAAGAUAAAUUAGAUAUUCAUUAAGAAAUUUAAGUUUUCAAUAUGAGAUGUAUAUUAUAUGCACCAAAGAUCUUUAAUUAUUUUAUUACAUUAGAUAAUAUCGAUAUUGAAGAUUGUUUUGAUUUAAUUAAAAAUUCAACAAAACUUGAUUAAUUCACUGGACCUGAUGGUGGAAAGAGUGGAGAAUUCUUCUUCUUCUCUUAUGAUAAUUAAUUAAUUAUUAAAACCAUGAGAUAAAAUGAAGUUAAUACCUAUAAAAAAAGAUUAUAUAACUUUGCUACUUAUCAAGUUAAUAAUUAAUUAUCUUUAAUCAACAAAAUAUAUGGAAUGUAUACUUUUGAAAGAGAAGAAUAAUCUAAAUCUAGAGUACAUUUCUUUAUCAUGAAAAACAUCUCAUUAGGUAUACCCAGAUGUUAAAUACUCAGAACUUAUGAUAUGAAAGGAUCUGAAUAUAAUAGAGAAGUACUACUUAAGAAACCUUCAAGUGAUCUCUCCAAAAUGACUUUAAAAGAUCUAGAUUUCUUUAAAAUUGAACAACAAUUCUGGAUUGAUAGUUCCAUUUCUUAAAGUUUUAUUUUCACUAUUUAUUUUAGAAUUAAUUACUACUCUUAUCAAUGACUCUAAUUUCUUAGAAAAAUAACAAUUAAUUGAUUAUUCUCUUCUUGUCAUGAUUAUUGAUUGGAAUCAAAAAGAAGAAUUAUUAUUUAAACAUUUUGAUGGUUAACAUAUCAAUAUAGUUCCAUCCAUUAAAGAAAAAGGAGUAUAUUUUAUAUUUAAAUAGAUUUAUUAUCAUCUUGCUAUCAUCGACUAUUUAUAAAAUUGGAAUGUCAAUAAAUCACUUGAAAGAAAAACUAAAAAGAUUAUUACCAUGAAUAUGUAGCUUGACACUUCAGCAUAAGAACCAAAUAUCUAUAGAAAAAGAUUUUAAGAUAAAUUAAUUAAUAGAAUACUUCCAAUCAAAUGAUUCAU